AUGGCCAUGGUCAUGACCAUGGCAGUGCGCCACCUGGAGACGGAGAGCGAGGAGGGUCGAGACGGGGCGGGAGCAUGGGCUGAUGGCUCGGCCAGACGCUGCUGUCGGCUUGUCGCCGUGCAUUGGCCGCUUCGUCUUCCAAAUCCAUGGGCGGGCCUGUGCCCUCGCGCCGAUCAGCUUGGGUGGGUAGCGCAUUGCUGUGCGGGCGAAUUGGUACUAAACUACCGUCGACAUCGCACCGCAAGUGUAAGAGUUGUUCUCAGCCGUCGUCGCCCAGAGAUCCCCCGUCUUCUGCUGUGCUACACCAGCUUCUCCGCGCCUGCGACGCCAAGAGCACAUCGCACGUCUCAAUUGCCUCAGCCACCACUCGCCCACGCCCACGCCUACACCCACGCCCACAACCCGCUCCACCUCGUGCCUACAGCCUGCCGCGCCCUCCCAUCCUCCGGCGGUGCGCCUCACCAGCAUCCGGAAGCCAACGGCAAAGCCUUGGGCACGCGUGCUCAAAGUACACGACAGCGACGCCUUGGGGUACCAGCCUGA